AAUCCCCUCUCCCACAUCCAGCCUGUCCCCUCCAAGCCCUCUCUCUCUCUUCGACUCUCCAACCACAAAUAACUUCUCCCAACUCUUCCAUAACCAAAAGAGUAACAAAUAACAAGCACAAGAAAAAAGAACAGAAAAAAAGAUCAGAUCUUUUCUGAGUUUCUGGGCUUAAUUUGCUACAGCAAUCCAUCAAGAACACCACCAAGAAUGAGCUAUUACAACCAGCAACAGCCUCCUGUUGGUGUUCCUCCACCUCAAGGUUAUCCACCGGAAGGAUAUCCCAAGGAUGCUUAUCCACCAGCGGGCUAUCCCCCUCAGGGAUAUCCUCAACAGGGAUACCCUCCACCACAGGGCUACCCACAACAGUACCCUCCUCCCUAUGCCCCUCAGUAUGCCCAGCCUCCCCCUCAACAACAAAGCAGUAGCAGUGGCUGCUUGGAGGGCUGUUUGGCUGCUCUGUGCUGUUGCUGUCUGCUGGAUGCUUGCUUUUGAAGGGAGCUGUGGAUCAAACAUGACAUUGAAGCCUAUUUGAUUGGAUUGCGCACAAAAUUUGAAUCCCUUGUUGGGUUGUCGAAUUUAUCUAUCUAUUACAUUUGUGUAGUUUUUGUUUUUCAUUUUUAUUUGACGGUCUAUUUUCAUAAGUAAUAUGAACAUCUGUUUGAAAAGGUCACAUUGGUUCUUUCUUGCAUUUUCUUAUGUGCAAUUAUGUUAUUAUCAAAAUUUGAUGAAAAUGUUUCUUUUGGGUUGGAA